AUUGCCACCGAUUUCCAGCCAUUUUCGAUCGUGGAGGACAGUUUUUAGAAAUUAUAACAAGAGUCUAAAUCCAAUGUACACAAUUCCAAGCAGGAAAACCCUUUCAAAAUCACUUAUUCCACAACUGUACAAGAGCACACAGGCUUCAGUGUGGGAAAGAGUCCAGAAAGCUACUGCAGCUUGCCUUACCACUGACUGCUGGACAUCAAGGGUAACCACUUCGUACCUGUCGGUUACAUGUCACUUCAUUGAAGAUUUUAAUGUCGACCUGUCUUCUGGACUGCUUUGAGUUCAGUGACAGACACACCAGAGAACUUGGCAGAGGAACUGUUGAGAGUGGCCAGAGAAUGGCAAGUAGAUGGAAAAGUGGUCUGUUGUGUUAGCGACAAUGCAGCUAACAUAACCAAAGCCAUGGACAUUUUACAAUUUACGCAUCAUCCAUGUCUUGCCCACACAAUCCACCUGAUUGUAAGAGAUGCUCUGAAGGUGAAGACCACUGUGGACAAAGUGAAAGCAGCUGUGGAGUACUUCCACAGGACCACAGUAGGUGCUGAAAAACUCAAAUCAACACAAUGCCAGAUGGGGAUGCCUGAGCUGAGGCCUAAACAAGACUGCACUACCAGGUGGAAUUCAACAUGUUAUAUGUUGAAGCGGUUUCUUGAGUCAAAGGAUGCCAUCAUCUCUACCCUGGCCAUUGUCAAUACACCUGUUGAUGCUCUGACCCAAGAGGAAUGGGAGGUGGCAGAGGAGGUGUGCAGAGUCCUGGAAGCCUUUGAGCAGGUCGCUGUGGAGAUCAGUGGACUAUGUGACAUCCUCAAAUGAUACUCCUGUGUAAGGGUCUGCAGCGAAUCACAGCCAGCCGCCAGAGAGAAGCAAAUGUAACCACUCGACAUGUGACAGAGUUGAUGGACACCCUAUGUUUAUCAAUAGACAGAAGGUUCCACAGAAUGGAAUAUAAUCACAUGCUAUCAAAAACUGCUGCACUUGACCACAGGUUUAAGAAGUUAGCCUUCAGUGAUGCCAGAGCGAUUGGUAAGGCACUUCAAAGAAUAACCACCGCUGCAGGGAGGGACAGCCCCAGCAGUCCGCUGGCUCAGGCACCAGGGAAACAGCAAGAAGAUCUGCAGAUCUUCUGAGCUGGUGGAAGAACAAGGCCUCCGUCUACCCACGGCUUACUAAAGUCAUGACAGGGAGACUCUGCAUAUUUGCCAAAUCUGUUCUCUCAGAGGGUCUUCUCGAAAACAGUAAACAGUAAAUAAUUACUGAGAGAAGAAACCGCAUCAGCCCCUCGAAAGUGAGGCAGCUUGCAUUUCUGAAUGCAAAUCUCAUAAAAGCUAAAUAUGGUCAGCAUUGCUGUGUGCUGCUGGUUAUAGCAUAGCAAUAAUGAACAGAGAGAAAAGAGGGACUAGUUUAAUGUUUUAAGUGGGAUGCUGCAGUUUGCACAUAAUUUUUUAUUCUUUAUGGUGUAAUAUUCUAUUAUUAUGUUCAGAUUGUAUUCGUUUUGAAUUGUUACAUUUAUAUGCACUUUAUUUAUGUACAUUAAAGUUAUACUUUAAAUGCA